AUGCCUGAGUUUAAUACCACAACAUUUCAACCUGCUGUUUUCAUCCUAACUGGCCUCCGAGGGUUGGCAGGUGCCCGCCUGUGGCUGGGACCACUUCUAAGUUUGAUGUACAUCACUACGAUGGUGGGGAACUGCACGGUGUUAUACUUGGUGAAGACAGAGCGUAGUCUACAGCAGCCCCAGUACUUUUUUUUGUCCAUGCUGGCAGGAGCUGACAUUAUUCUUUCUGUCUCCACACUUUUCUCUGUGCUCAAGGUCUUUCUCUUUGGCCUUUAUGAAAUUGCAUUCGAUGGCUGCCUCAGUCAACUUUUCUUUAUUCAUACAUUCUCUUCCAUGGGCUCAGGAAUCCUGCUGGCCAUGGCUUUUGACCGUUUUGUGGCUAUCAGUUACCCCCUACAAUAUACCACGAUUCUCACUAAUUCACGAAUUACCAAAAUGGGACUCACAGCUUUGCUGAGGGGUAUAGCACUCAUGAUUCCAUUACCCAUCUUGCUCAAGAGACUUCCUUUCUGCAAGGGCCAAACACUUUCUUAUUCCUACUGCCUCCACCCAAAUGUCAUGAAGUUAGCUUGCGGCCAAGUAAAAAUCAAUAUUUUCUAUGGGCUGGUUCUAGUUAUCUGUUCCUUUGGGUUUGACUUCUUAUUUAUAGCCAUAUCGUAUAUGCUGAUAUUCAAAGCAGUAAUGGGCAUUGCCUCCAGAGAAGGCCAGAUGAAAGCACUCAAUACCUGUUUUUCCCAUAUUUUUAUUGUCCUUAUUUACUAUGUACCUCUCCUAGCAAUAACUGUGAUGCAUCGAUUCAGCCAUGGAAUUCCUCCAAUAACACAUGCUGUCCUGGGAAACAUAUAUAUCUUCAUGCCCCCAAUGCUCAAUCCAAUUGUGUACAGCCUGAAGACUAAGCAAAUCCGUGCUGCCCUGAGAAAAUCUUUUAAGAUCCAGUGA